AUGUCCUAUCCCAUGGAUGAUUUGAAGCUCCCACAGCAAAGUGGAACCACGCCUAGUGAUGCCUCGGACGUUGUUCCGGGCUCGGAGGAGAUAUACAUCGAUCCCGUGGUGGAACAGCGGGCUCUGCGCAAAUUUGACAUGUAUGCCAUGCCCCAGCUGUUCCUGUUUGCUUUUCUGUGCUAUUUGGACCGAAGCAACCUCGGAAACGCCAAAGUGUUUGGUUUCGUGGAGGACAUUCACCUGAAGGGCACGGAGUUCAAUAACCUCGGCACCUUGUUCGGGGCCACCUAUAUAAUCUUUGAGAUUCCUUGGACCUUAGCCAUCAAGAGAUGGGGACCCAAUCGAAUCCUUGCAAUAGCCUUGGUUGCGUGGAGUGUCAUCACCUUGGCGACUGGUUUCAUCCACAACUAUGCUCAGGCAGUGGUAAUGCGCCUUUUACUGGGUGCCUUUGAAGCCGGCUUGACUCCUGGCUAUGCAUUCAUCUUCUCCACCAUUUACGACAGAAGAGGUACAUCCAAACGUGUCGCUCUUCUGUAUCUCGCAAACGUUACAUCCGGGGCCUUCGGUGGGCUGAUUGCCUGGGGCAUUGAACUCAUGGGCACACGCAGAGGACUAGCCUCGUGGCGUUGGCUUUUCAUCAUCGAGGGGGCCAUUUCAAUCUUUAUUUGUUCAUGCUGCUGGCUCUCUUUCCCAUCUACUCCAGAGACUGCUUGGUUCCUGAACGAGGAAGAAAAGGCCCUCAUGCGUGCCAGAAAAGAAAGAGAUGUCAUCUACAAGGGCCGUGACAAAUUCGAAUCCAAAUGGAUCAAGGAGGCGCUGAAAGAUCCUUUCAUUUAUCUAGCGGCCAUCUGCUUUUUCUCAUCGUCAAUUGCUAUUUUCGGCUUUGGCACGUUCUUGCCAACGAUUAUUUCUGGACUUGGGUUUACGGAUUUGCAAGCGAAUUAUCUCACCAUCCCUGUCUAUGCAACAGGAGCCAUAGUGCUUGUAAUUGUGACUUGGCUUUCAGAUCGUUUCAGCAAGCGUGGAAUUUUCUUACUGAUUAUACCAACUCCUGUCAUUAUCGGAUAUCUGAUCACUCUUGUAACGCCAAACGCGGGCGCUGGGUAUUUCGCCAUGUUUUUGUGUUGUGCAGGAAUCUACUCCUACCAGGCCCUGAUCCUGACUUGGGUCACCACCAACCUAGCCCCUGAUUAUAAGCGAUCGGCUGGUGUAUCCAUUUUUACAUCGUUAUCAGGCAUCUCUGCCCUCAUAGCCCCACAGCUCUAUCCGCCCAAGGAUAGUCCGAGGUAUAUGGUCGGAAAUGGAGUUUCAAUGGGAUUUGAGGCCCUGGCGGCCAUUUCUGUCAUCUUUGUUUUUAUUUUGCUGAAGACGCGAAACGCCACAAAGCAGAAGCUCCUGGCAGAGGGGAAGACGACAAAUGGGAUGGUGGGAGAUCGUGCUUUGGACUUCACCUAUGUUUUGUAA